AUGAACCAAGAAGUGAUGAACAUGGGAGAGCACGACGUAUCCGCAGAUUCUAGAAGACGUGAAAGCCUGGAUCACCGAGAAGAUUUUCCAAAUUUCCGACAUCUCAUCGGACGACAGUUCGAUAACCUGUGGACAAAACAAAAUGCGAUACGUCGAUUACCAGUUCUACAAUGGGCGCCACAAUAUAGCUUAAACAGUCUAAUCUCUGACGCUAUUGCCGGCAUCACGGUUGGGCUCACUUCUAUUCCGCAAAGCAUCGCCUAUGCCACGGUGGCCAAUCUCGAACCACAGUAUGGAUUGUACUCCAACUUCAUGGGAUCGUUCGUGUACGCCUUUCUGGGAUCGGUCAAAGAGAUCACUGUCGCUCCUACAGCCGUUAUGGCUCUAAUGGUGCAACAACCGGUGCUAGAUCUUGGUCCAGCUGGGGCCGUUUUGUUGUCUUUCUUAUCUGGCUGUAUCAUGCUGCUGCUAGGUUGCUUUAACUUCGGGUUUGUGGUUCAAUUCAUAUCAAUGCCGGUGAUCACAGGAUUUAUUACUGCGGCUGCAAUUACCAUCAUCAGCAGUCAGCUAAAAUCAUUGAUGGGAAUAGCUUCAUCAGGAAAGUCGUCCGGUUUUGUAGAUACUUGGAUCAAUCUGUACGAAAAUAUUGGCGAAACACGGCUCUGGGAUUCGGUAUUAGGAUUUAGUUCCCUUUUUCUUCUCAUUCUUUUAACGCUCAUCAAAGGACGCGGUAAUGGAAAAUGGAAAAUAUUCACGAAAUAUCUUUGUUUGUUAAGGAAUGCUAUGGUUGUGCUAAGCGGUGGAUUGAUAGCUUAUAUUUGUAGCACACAGGAAAUGUAUCCCUUCAAGCUGACGGGGAAAGUGGCGUCUGGAUUACCGUCGCUGGAAUUGCCUCCAUUUCAAACGGACCUUGACGGAAAGCAUUACGACUUCAUCGAUAUGAUCCGCGCGUUAGGCUCGUCUGUAGUGUCUGUUCCGCUCAUAUCGAUACUAGAAAUCGUAUCAAUCGGUAAAGCAUUCUCACGCGGUAAAUUAGUGGACGCAACGCAAGAAAUGCUCUCGCUUGGAUGUUGCAAUGUGGCCAGUUCAUUUGUUUCUUCUAUACCGACUACAGCAUCGUUCGCAAGAUCAGCGAUCAACAGCAGCAGUGGAGUGGUAACGCCUUUUGGUGGAGUGUUCACAGGUGCAUUGGUAUUACUGGCGCUUGGACUGUUGACGGACUAUUUUUUCUUCAUUCCCAAAACUACAUUGGCAGCAGUCAUUAUUGCGGCAAUGAUAUUUAUCAUUGAGUAUCGAGCAGUAGCAGAAAUGUGGCGUAUCAAACGAAUAGAUAUUGUACCUUUUCUUGUCACCGUUAUAGCAUGCCUAUUUUUGGGUCUGGAAGUUGGUAUCGUUGUCGGGAUAGCUGUAAAUCUAUGCUUUCCACUCUAUUUAGCAUCACGUCCCCGAAUCACUCAUCGAGUUAUGAAUAUUAACGAAACAACGGUAUUGAUUGUUCGACCUGAUAGUGACCUUGCAUUCUCGUCUGCUGAAUACUUUCGCGAGAAGAUACUUAAAUUAGUACACCGAACAUUACCGCAGAUAGUGCUGAUCGAUGGCGAAUGGGUGAAGUUUGUCGAUAGUACGGUAGUUCGAAAUUUAUCAAGCACCGUUAGCGACAUAAAACAACAAGAACGCCACGUGUUGCUUUGGCGCUGGGAUAAGAAUGUUCGGAAUGCAAUGUACCGCUUUAAAAAGCAUAAAUUUUUACCCUUGUUCAAGAACGAAGAGAGUGCGGAAAAGGUUAUUGAAAAUUGGAAACCGGGAUAUUUGAACGAAUCAUACGUAAAUAUUGUGUAA